GAUUCAACAUAAAAUAAAAUGGUGGAAAAUACAUGUGAUGAAUGAAAGUCGACUGUGAAAGGGGUAAAUAUCUUUCCUACUUCUCACGAACUUACGCAGAAAUGGUUGGGCGAUGAAAUCUCAGCCGUUCUUGACCCGCAAAGACCUGAAACUUUUUCUCCCUAUAUCUUUGAACAAAAUGUGCUCAAAGAUCAGAACAGAAAUUGAAUUGAACAAGUGAAAAUGGAGGGAAUUGCUGUAAUUUCUAUGUUCUUGUUCUUGUUCGCCUGGACAAUUGGGGCUUCCUCUGCAGAAGCUGUCUUGUCCUCAACAAGGAAUUCUCAAGGAAUAUGCAGUUUGAGCAAUCUGAGGUACCUUUUCCUGGACAACAACAAUUUUACAGGAAAAAUCCCUGAAGGAAUUGCCAAUUUGAGGAAUCUGGAGUACCUUUCUCUGGGCAACAAUAAAUUGACUGGAACGAUUCCUCAGGGGAUAAAAAAUUUGAACAGCCUGGUUUACCUUUCCUUGGAGGGCAACAAUCUGCAUGGCACAGUUCCUCCAUUAAUGAGCAACUGUUCCUUAACAAGUCUGAAGCUUUCAGAGAAUUCAUUCACAGGACCCCUGCCUGAAACCAUGUCGAGAUGCAGACACCUUCAGAUCACUGAUUUCAGAAAGAACAAUUUCACAGGUACUAUUCCUUCUCUUGCAAAUUUUCAUGAUUUGAGGGUUUUAAGCCUUAGCUAUAAUAAGCUUAGCGGCCCUAUUCCUUCCUGGAUCACAACCCUCAACACGUUGCAGAUGUUGGAUUUAUCCAACAAUCAGUUUUAUGGAGAAAUUCCUUCUGAUCUGGAGAAGCUCAUUGGAUUUGGAAGGCUUGGAGAUCCGCACCUUGGGGCAGGGCAGACACUCCAAGAAGAAAUAACCAUUGUGAUGAAGGGGAAUGAGUAUCAUUUGAAUUAUGUUCUGCAAGCAAAUACCAUACUGGAUUUGUCAAAUAAUAAUCUUACAGGGAAAAUACCGCCCACCAUUUACAGCCUGACUCACCUGAGGUUGCUGAAUCUGUCCAGAAAUCGAUUGGAAGGCCGGAUACCACCAUCGAUUGGGCAAAUAUCAACUUUGGAACAGCUGGAUCUAUGUCACAAUGAAUUAGAAGGAAAAAUUCCUGAAGAACUAUCUCAGCUGGGAUUCCUUUCAGUCCUGGAUGUUUCGUCCAACAAACUUUGUGGAGCAAUACCCAGUGGAACACAGUUUGAUACUUUCAACAAGACUUCAUUUCAGAAGAAUCAGUGUUUAUGUGGGCGCCCAUAUGACAAAUGCAAGCAGAGAUCACCAACAAGUUCAGCAAUGGAGGAGAAGGAAUCAUUUUGGAGUGUUUUGGAUGAGCACAUCUCAGUGAUCGCCUUGGCUUUGGGAUUCACAAUGGGAUUUGCAGGGGUUAUGUAUUUGAUUAUGGGAUGGAACAUAAUUUGGCGUUCAGUUGUAGGUCUGAAAGCAAGAUCCCUUUCCAUGGCUUCUCAUUCUGGAAAUGGGAGUUGGAGCUUCAAGGUAUCGCUGUUUAAAUCAAUACCUUCCUCAACUUAAAGAGGGAGAGCCUAUAGUUUAUGUGGUGCUCAUUAGAUAUAGAAACUGAAGAGAAAUAUGCUGGAAAGCCUAUAGGUUCUGUGAAAAACAUCUUAUAGUUUAUAUGCUCAUUAGAUAUAGCUUUAAUAUGUAAUUUACAAUUAUCUUAUUUUGUCUGUAAUCAAAACCGGAAGAGAAAUAUGCAGAAGAUCCUAUAGUACAGUUUAUGUGCA